AUGCAGAAUCAGUUGCUGUUCGAAGCUGACUGUGUUCGGUUGUGUCUGGAAAAUAAACGAACGGAAGAAAACUUGGAACGGGAUAACGGAAAGAGAAUCCGCAGCUAUUGACAUAAUAUGUAAUUAUCCUAACAUAUCGUGUCAAUGAAAGAGGGUUGAGAGAAAAAAGUUGAAGAAUUUGAGAGAGUCUGCGCACCUUCAACAUUUACUCAAUUCAAUGUGUCAGCGUGUAAGAAAAACGAGUGGAAGGGGAAAGUGCAAUGAGGAAGUGAUGAGCGAAUGCACGGUGUUUGCAUAUACCUAAAUAUUUUAUAUACUACUUGAUUUGAAUGCUACUACUACGUUAUACGAGUAUAUACAUGUGUGAGUACCAUGUGGAGUGUAGUGAUAACGACAGAGUUCAUACGUCGUUAAAUAGUGAAAAAAAAACAAAAAGGAGCAUAAAGCGUACAGCGUACAGUGAAUAAAAUGGACUCGAGUCCCCACUGAAAUAUCACUGCAAGUGUAGUGAAGAAUUUAAAAAAUGAAGAAAUAUUACGAGUAAAAAGGCAUAAAGUGCAAAAAACGAUGCAUGAAAACCGACGCUCCAGCAUCAGCGCGAAAGGCAACGAAUGAAAGUCAUAGACACAACUUAAGGUGCCAAAUGCCUUUAUCGAAUAUGGUAUAUGGUAUACAAGUAGCCGAGGCAAAUUAGUGAAUAAAUUAUUUUAUAAAAAAAAAAUGUUUUAAAAGUUACAAAUCAAAGAUUUGUUCAAAGUAAUGGUGUUAAUUGAAGCAAAUUGAGGAUAGAAGAUAAUACUUAAAGAAGAUAUAUAGUACAUAUAAAAAAAAAUAUUUUGGUGCUUGAAACAGUGUAUGCAGCAGAUAUGGAAUAUUGGCUUCAAAUAUGGUUAGAAAACAACUUCUUGGUUUGGUAAAGAGGUGAUCUAAGCAUAUGGAAGGAAAUAUGUUCGUGUACUUACACAAUAUAUCAAGUUGUACUAGACGUAUUAAUGAAACACAGCUCAUUUGCCAUUCGCACAACGUACUUAUUAUUCGUUUCAAUACUUAUGAUUCGCUGGAAAGUUUUCUUUAGGAUAAGGUGGCAACUUCAAAUUCAAGCAAUAAAAACCAGCAAGCAAUGGAAGAGUUAAUAAUACUUUCAAAAAUAACAGCCUUUUUUAAAUACUUAUAAUAUGUACAAGAAAACGAAAAUACUGCAGACAGAUCUAUUGACAAAUCCGUGUAACAUAUGUACACAUAUCCCUUCGCAGUUAUGUUCGACGAGCAUUCUUAAAGUGAAAGUUGGUUAACCGGUUAUCUUCGCAUGGGUUCAUUAGAAAAAACAUAAAGUGGUACCAGUGCACUGUAAAGUCAAAUUACAGUUGUUUAAAAACCAAAUCAUAAAAAAAUAUUUAACAAAAUAAUAUUUAAUAGGUGAUAAAGUGCACAUCACAUCAUUGAAAUUUAUAAUUUACAAUAUGUCAAAAAACAAGUAACUUUACGCCAAUAAUUGAUUUCACAAGACACCAAUGGAGACGAGAUGGAACCAUGUUAAGCGGCACUAAGCAGUACAUUGACAGAAUUAUCUACCAAGAUGUAUGAAAUAUGUAAUGGAAAGGCCAAUUCUUCAUAAAAAUGGGGUUACAUUGCCUUGUUAAGGCUAUAUUGAUCGUAUAUGCCAUUAAAGCUGAUUUUAGCUUAAUUGCAAAUGGGCUAGACUUGCAAGGACCGAUAUUUCUACAUGAACCACUGCAUCGUAUUGAGUUUUCAAAUAAUACAGGCGGCUUAAUAGAAUGCUCUGGACAUGGAAGCCCUCCACCAGAGGUGGAAUGGACUCCAAUACCUCCCCAACAGGACAUGGUCUUCACACUCUCCAAUGGUAGCCUAAUGUUUUAUCCGUUUUCAGCAGAAAAGUAUAGGCAUGAAGUACAUGCUACAGUUUACAGAUGUAAAUUAAGAAAUCUUGUUGGUACGAUACUGAGCAGGGAGGUGCACGUGCGUGGAGUUGUCAACCAAAAAUAUACAGUGCAAGUUCAUGAUGAAUAUGUGAUGUCUGGCAACACGGCUGUUUUAAAGUGCCAGGUGCCCAGCUACAUGUCUGAAUUUGUUAUGGUGACAGCUUGGGUUCAAGACACUGGCAUGCAUCUCUAUCCUAACACGGACAUUGGUGGAAAAUAUACAGUGCUAUCAAAUGGCGAACUCUAUAUAAAUAACGCGGGGACAAAUGACGCAUUUAAGAGUUACACCUGCCGCACUGUGAAUCGACUAACAGGUGAAAUUCAAAUAUCUACAUAUCCUGGACGCAUCAUUGUCACAGAACCAAAAGGUAUGGUGCAACCGCGCAUAAACGUCGAAAAGCACUCACUUCGACAUGUUAUGCUUAAUGGACAAACAACACUGCCUUGUAUCGCUCAAGGUCAUCCUGUGCCAACUUAUCGCUGGUUCAAGGAGGAAAACGAACAACUAUUGCCUCUGCAGCUAAGUGAGCGCAUUACAAUCGUUUCUGCAGGAUUGUUAAAGAUAGCGAAGGCCCGUCUAGAAGAUAGUGGAAAAUAUCUUUGUUGGGUUAACAACACUGCCGGCGAGGAAACAAUUCAAGUGUCAUUAACGGUAACGGCACCCUUAACAGCACAUCUGCAGCCUCAGGUACAAACAGUGGAUGUGGACAAGGAUGCGCAAUUUCAAUGUAUAGUGUCCGGACAUCCGGUGCAUGAUGUCAAUUGGUUACAUGACGGAAAACCAAUAUUGCGUGACAAUCGAGUAGAGAUACUAACUGACCCACCAAGACUGAUAAUUAAGAAAGUGCAAAAGGACGAUCCUGGGAUGUAUCAGUGCUUUGUUUCGAAUGAGUGGGAGCAGAUUCAGUCGACAGCUGAACUACAACUGGGAGAUGCAUCUCCAGAAUUACUUUAUUGGUUUUCGGAGCAAACAUUGCAGCCCGGACCCACUGUGUCGUUAAAAUGUGUAGCAACUGGAAAUCCUUUACCGCAAUUUACAUGGUCACUCGAUGGAUUCCCGAUUCCGGACAACUCUCGAUUUUUGGUUGGUCAAUAUGUAACCAUACAUGAUGACGUUAUCAGUCACGUGAACAUAUCAAACGUCAAAGAGGAAGAUGGCGGCGAAUACGCUUGUACAGCACAAAAUUCAAUUGGGAAAGUAUCACAUAGCGCUAAGGUGAAUAUCUACGGGCUUCCAUUUAUUCGAGAAAUGCCUAAAAUAACUGGUAUCUCAGGCUCAGAUUUAACAGUAACGUGCCCUGUAGCAGGUUAUCCAAUAGAUAAAAUUCAUUGGGAGCGUGAUGGUCAAACACUGCCUAUAAAUCGCAGGCAGCGCGCAUACAACAACGGCACUCUAAUAAUAGAGCAACUGCAGCGACUCGAGGAUGCUGGAACUUACACAUGCAUGGCUCAAAAUAAACAGAAGCAAACUUCGCGCCGUAACGUGGAAAUACAAGUUCUAGUUCCCCCAAAAAUAAUGCCAAUUCAGGCAAUGACGAAUAUGUUGCGUGAAGGAAUGCGGGCCGCGAUUUCUUGCCAGAUACUGGAGGGAGAUUUGCCAGUGAGUUUUCGUUGGGAGCGUAAUGGAAAACCAUUAAUAGGAACAGGGAAUGAGGUAUUUCGUCGAUUAGAUGAAUACUCUGCCAGUUUAGUGAUAGAACAUAUUACCUCGGAACACUCGGGCAACUAUACAUGUAUUGCCAGUAAUAUUGCCGGUUUGGAACGCUUCACUGUACCGCUAACAGUGAAUGUGCCUCCAAAGUGGAUAUUGGAACCAAAAGACUCAAGCGCGCAGGCUGGACAAGAUGUUUUACUACAUUGUCAGUCUUCUGGAUAUCCAAAACCAACAAUUACAUGGAAAAAGGCAAUCGGUCCGACACCGGGAGAAUAUAAAGACUUUUUAUAUGAACCUACUGUGCAACUCUUUCCGAAUGGCACGAUAUACUUUAAGAAGAUAAAUAAGGAGUCACAGGGGCACUUUCUCUGUGAGUCAAAAAACAACAUCGGCUCAGGUGUCAGCAAAGUAAUUUUUCUUAAAGUGAAUGUACCCGCUCACUUUCAAACCAAAACUAAGCAGAUUUCAGUGGCGAAAGGAAAGCAGGUGCACAUUCAAUGUAAUGUUCAGGGUGAUAAUCCUAUCGACAUCAAAUGGAAAAUGCACGCAACACAGCAGUAUUUAGAUGAGUCACUCGAUUCCAGGUAUACCAUUCGAGAUCAAAUAUUAGAUGAUGGGAUGGUCUCUGAAUUGGGCAUUUCACAUACGUAUCGACAAGAUACUGGGAUUUAUAUAUGCCAAGCUAGCAAUGCAUUUGGUCAGGAUGAAAUGUCGAUUCAGUUAAUUGUACAGGAGGUUCCAGAGCAACCGAAAAAUUUGCGUAUUAACUCACAACAAUCACGCAGUCUGCAACUUACUUGGAGUCAGCCCUUCGCUGGAAACAGUCCAAUCGAAGGAUAUCAUAUAUACUAUAAACAAAUUUCUGAUAUUUGGCAAAAUGCAGAGCAUAUCGCGAUCACGGGUGGACAAACGGUUGUUAAUAUACAAAACUUACGUCCAGCUAAAGCUUACCAUUUUCGGAUGACUUCUGAAAAUAAAUUGGGUGCGUCCGAGUAUUCAGAGGUCGUACAAGUAACCACACUGGAGGAAGUUCCUUCGGGACCACCGUUGAAUGUGCGCGCAGAAGCAAAGAGUUCGACUGAGAUAUCAGUCACUUGGGAUGCGCCAGAACGCGAUCAUUGGAAUGGAAUAUUGCUUGGCUACUAUGUUGGAUAUCAGAUGUCGUUGUCACCUGAAGACAAAGAGGUGAAUCCUACCCAAGGGUUUAGCUUUAAAACUGUGGAAGUGCGCUCACAUUUUGGCGGUGAAACUGUAUUGAGUAAUUUAAACAAAUAUACACAGUAUCAUGUUAUUGUACAAGCGUACACAAGUCAAGGUAGUGGGCCACCAAGCAGAGAGAUUGCCGUGCAAACAAUGGAAGAUGUGCCUUCUUCACCUCCAGAGAGUCCUCAAUGCGACGUGCUUGGAUCAACUUCAAUUUAUAUAACAUGGUCACCACCAGAUGUUGAUGGACAAAAUGGCAAGAUCAAAGGAUACAAAGUAUUUUUUAUAUCUGUUAACGAAUUAUACGAAACGGAUCCCGAUGUUGUGAAGUCAACCAAUCAAUAUGUUACCAUAGAAAACUUACGCAAAUAUACUAAUUAUACGGUGUGGGUACUCGCAUAUACCAAGAUUGGAGACGGCACGAAAACGAAACCAUUUCACUGUCGCACACAUGAGGAUGUACCUUCGGCGCCCCAAGCCAUCAAAGCGAUUCCUGCAUCCAGCACUAAAAUCAUUAUUUCUUGGCUGCCACCGGAAUUUCCUAAUGGCGAUAUUACCGGCUACACUUUCUAUAUGUCCAUGUUGGAGGGGGGUCGUGAAGAAGGCACUCACAAGCGCAUACUUGGUCCCUUUGUUGAAAUGCACGAGACUCAACGCACACAAGAAUCCGCCACAUAUCAAUUCUGGUUAACAGCGUCUACGAAAAUUGGUGAGGGUGAGAAGACACAAGUUGUUACUGUGCCACCGAACAACAAAGUGCCCGCACGCAUUGUAUCUUUUAGUCAGCGUUUAAUAAGCCCCUGGAAAGAGCAUCUUGAAUUGCCUUGCCUCAAAGUUGGUUCACCAGCGCCCGUUACAAUUUGGCGGCAAGAUGGUCAUAAUAUGGAUACGAACUCACGCAAGGUUAUUGCGAAGAACGGCACUCUUUAUAUACGUGAAUGCCAGUCUAGCGACGCUGGUAAUUAUACGUGCAGUGUUGAGAAUACAUGGGGAAAGGAUGAGAUUAUCUAUAACAUUGUUAUAAAAGUACCACCAGAAGCACCCAACUUAACGGUGGUGAAUAGUUAUACAGAUAGUUUACAUCUUGAAUGGAUGGACAAUAGUCACGGUGGAAGCCCUAUUCUUGGUUAUGUAAUAAAUUAUAAGCGUGAAAAUGGUGAUUGGGAGGAAUUGCAAGUGGAUGCUAAAACAAACUCACAUUUAUUAACAAAUUUAUGGUGUGGGACACGUUAUCAACUCUACAUAACUGCUUACAACAAAAUCGGUACAGGGUUGCCGUGUGACAUUGUGAAUUCUUACACGAAAGGAAAUCCACCAGUACAACCGAAACAUUCGCAAAUGAUCACGAACAAUUCGACCAGUGUCACAUGCUGGCUGGACUCAUGGGGCGAUGGAGGGUGUGGCAUUUUAUACUUCAUGAUUGAGUCUAGGGUGUUUGGGAGAUCCCAAUGGAAUGUUAUCUCAAAUCAUAUUCCUCCGACUGAACGCAUUUAUACGGUUAGUGAUUUAGUUCCUGGCACUAAAUAUCAACUAAAAGUUACAGCUCACAAUAAUGCUGGCUCUACAACAGCAGUGUACAAUUUUACAACACUCUCGUCACAAGGAGUUAUAUAUUCAACAGAUCACGCGAAUCCUGUAUCUCACAUGAGUGAUGGUCCCUUUUAUGCGAACUUUAAGGUGCUACUUCCUGUAUGUCUUUCAAUGUUUAUGCUAUUAGGUAUAAUAGCAGCGGUGCUACUUAUUCGUAAACGAAAAAUUGACAAUCAAGCGCGUUUGGCCUCUUCCUCAAUGUCCGAGUCUCCAUCUCUGGCCAAUUUGCAAAAUAAACAAAAUCGAGAUCAGCAGUACUUGGCCGUACGUUGCAACCCUGGUAGUGGACCUACACGUGGUUCGCAUUCAAACGACUCAGGAAGCUUUGGCAAGGCUGAAGGCAAUGAAUACAUAGAAGAUAUCUGUCCAUAUGCAACAUUCCAACUAAAUAAACAAACAUACAGCGAGAGCUCAUAUAGCGGUAAUGUAUACAGUGGACCGUACCACUCUGUGCGUGGCUCAUUUGUAUAUCACGAUGUAAAACCAGAUAAUUAUCAUUCGAAAGAGCCAGAGUAUACAAAGGUGCGUCGGAAAGUUGGGCGUUUACGGGAUCCGCAUUCCGAAAGUCAAGAAUCGGACAAUCCAGGUUCAACAGAUUCCGAAGUUAGGAAAAUCCUAACUCUUCACAUACCAAUUACAGAAUAUGACACAUUAGGAUCCGAGUCCGACAACGACGUGUCUACCCGAGGAAUCAACUCUGCGAAGUAUCGUACUCAACGUGAUACUCAAGAUGAAACAUCUUCAUCGUCCGAGACAACACCGACAAGCUUAUCGAGAAAAUCGAAACCCCCAUUUGUAGCUCGUAAGAGCGGAAAAUCAGGUACAAGUGGCAAACGCCAUGUGCGCAGCUCCAGCGGUUAUUCAAGUCACAACGAAGAAACAACGUUUAGCAUAUCCAACUAUCCACAAAAUUAUCAGGACCACAUAAAUCCACCAGCGCGUUUUUCCGACUCUAAUGAUAAAUCCAAGGCUCAAACUUCACCUCGGGUACGUGGCAAUCAGAAACUACAAAGAGAAGCCUUUCAAAUUAAUGUGUAACAUCAACGGACUAAAGCCGUGCUGAACUGCGAAACAGAACAGAAGGACGCAUAGUGAUCAUUGCCAAAUAUCUAUAAAAUCGGAAUGUGAAUCUAUUUUAAUUCUUGAGGUCACCUAAUAAAACGAAAUUCUAUUUUGUAGUUUUUCCUCGGUUUUUAGCGCAUAUUUCUCAACUCCCGUUAUUCUAUAAUACUAUAGAUUAGGAAAUUGAUUUUAAUUUAAGAAAUUACGGGAAAUAACAAAAGUUUGAUAAUUAUUUUUAAAAAUCUUCUGAACUAAUAUUACAGCCUAUGUAUCUUACAUAUACAAUAAAAAUAAUACCAAACACAUUGUACGAAAAUGGAUACGUUAAAUGUUUAAGUAAAAAUGCGACAGUGUAUAUACUUACAUUAUAUAUACAAUAAGUCAUGAUAUUAUAAUUUUUGUUUUAGUUUUAAUCACAAGGAAAUCGAAUUACAUAAAUGCACAUAUAUAGUGUGAGUAAUAUAAAAGAAUUAUCUGUUAAACAAAUGUUUUCAUUCAAUCAACUUAUAGUGAAUAACUUUUUGUAUAAGUUUAAUUCAUUAAAAAUGGAUAAAAAAUAAAUAUAAAUCACAAAAAGACUUAUUUACACCAGCAACUUAACUAUAAAAAUAUAUAUAGCAUAACAUAGUUAUUAUAAUAUUUAUUACCGUUUAUAUUAUUCUUCAAUGUUUUUUACUAAGUAGAUAUUAUAAUUUUUUCUAUUAAAAUUCUAGCAUAAGCAAAUAAGAUAAUAAUUAUUGUUAAAGUUGUGACUAUACAAACUUUCCGGAAGAGUUGCAAUAUAUACAUUGUUAUAAAUUGGGCCCUUACUUACCUAAACAUAUUUUUUUUUUGAAUACGCUUUUGAUCAUUUUUAAAAAUUAUAAAAGUUUUAGGCCCCUAUUAUGAGUUGCAUUUGAUCGGCGACUGUCGAUGGUGAAAAAGUGCUGAAAAUUUUAAUAUACUUUUUGCUGCAUACUUUUUGGAUUCAAGACUCUGGCUUUCAACACUUUUUACUUUAGCAGGUCUAAGGUUGUGAGCACAAAAUAUUUAUAAAAUUUUUAAUUUCAUUAAAUGUGAAAAAAUAUGUAGUAAAGGUUGGAUCAGAGAAUGCGCUUUUUUUCAUUGUUCGUUUUCGUCAUCUUACAUUUUUGGUACCUAACGAUAAUUUCCAUAGGUUUACCCAACUCAUUGUGGGAAUUUGCCAAACAAAAUCAUAAUGGGGGCCUUUGUAAAAACAUGUUCUUUUAUUCUUAGAAUUGAGAAACUUUAAUAAAAAAUUACUUAGAAAAUAUGUACAUAAACUUCUAGUUUUUAUAGAAAUAUUCGAUGUUGUUGGUUUCAAAAUUGUUUGACAGGGAACUGAGUUUGUUUAAGGUUAAAUUUUGUGUGACUAUAUUCGUACAUAAAUGAUAAAUGAUAUAAAACUUUGAUCCCUUUUUACUUCACUGUUAAUGACGUUUUAAGAAGUUAAAAAGUUUCAGUUCAAUAAUCCUUAUCCCUCGUUAUUGUUUAUCCCGAAUCAAUCGAGACAAAAAAUUCUAUAACAACGGACUACUGAAAUUCCAGUACAUUGAAAUAAUUAGCGUGGAAACUAAUACAUGCAUACCAUAGAACUCAUAAGCCCUAUGUGUGAGGAAGUUAUCAAGCUCGUCAAUUCGGCCUUAAGAAACUCGUCGAAACAGAAAUUUCUGGUAGCGCUUUUGGCAAUUAUCCAGCGAUUUAAUGGAUAGGUAAAUACAUAGUUGGCUUAUAGUAAAAUUGUUUGUUAACACCAUGAGCCCUUCACUAAAAAUCUGGUCCAAUGUUAAGUUACGACGCGAUGAAAGGUGAACAGAGCGAGACUAUUUCGGGCCUCCAUUACGGUUUUGAAAUUCAAUGUUAUGGUUUUCAACCAGUCAAAAAAUACAUAUGUUCGUUGAAAUGUUGUCAAACUUAAAUUUCUUUGUGGUAUUACGGUUUUUAACAUUGUGUCAGUGGGUUGAACAAAUUUCAGCUACUAUGUAGCAGUUGUAGUUAAACAUUUAGGUAUAGUAUACUUAUAGUCUCAUAGACUUUUUUUUAGACAAGUUAGUCCUCAAAUUAGUGCAUUUAUUUUGGAAAACUAUUAACGGAUACUAUUUUAAUCAGUUAUUAUGUACAAGUCCAUAGAAAGGUAAAUCUCUUGUUGAGCUUUUGUAGUAAAAUCUCGAAACUGGAUGUGAAAGGCUACAAUUUGAAAAAUUAAAAUAAAAUUAGGGGAACAGAACGCAGAGAACAGAACAACUGUCGAUACAAUCUACUAUUUGUAGGACUUUUUGAGUAAAAUUAAAUUUAUUUAGCAUUUUGCUCCUUUUGAAUCAUGGUGUUUUAUCCACAACGCACAAAUAUGGUGUUCAUAACAUUUAAAGAAGAUUUUUAGGUUGCUGCAGCACAAAGUUAAAAUCAUUUAAAAUUCAUUAUUGAUAACUACCGGCGGCAAGAAAAUGAAUAGUUUGUGUUAACGUUCCUUCAUCGUUUUAGUUUUAGUAAAAAACUAAAUUUUUUCUGAUUUAAACGAAAAUAACCUAUGAAUCUGACUUACUUGGUGUUUAGAAGUUUGAAUGGAUUUGAGUGAUCACGAAGGCUUCUUUCUUAUGCGCAACUCAUCAGUUUUGGCACCAAUAUGUUUGUCAUCGUAGUGUAAAUCAAAACUAAUGUUCAUUUUAAUAUUUAUUUACCUUAAUUUUAUUUUUCAUUUAAAAAUUUUUAGCUGUUUAAUUAUCUGACAAAUCUUCAUUUUUUUAGGUUGGCAACAUAAAUCAAACUUCGAUUGAAUAUAAUUGAAAUCGUAAUACCUAAAACCAGUUGGGUUGAUCUGAAGUUGAAAAAGUCAACCAGAGAAUACGAUAUCCGAUUUAUGAUACUACAUACUAUGAUCCACAUAAUUUCAACUGUUAGUCGAAAAUGACUAUAAAAUCAGCUCAGACAUUGCCCAAUGGGGCUAGGGCAAUGUCUGAGCUGAUUUUGUCAACUUUUGGCAAUGCACAAGUAUACUCGAGAACAUGUUUUCACACAACUUUAUGCACAUAACUCAAACUCUGAAAUAUUUGAUAUAAAGUAUGCUAAAUAACGAAAAUCUAUUGGUAUAAUUCGUAGACUGUGAGUGUGUACCCUCGGCAUUAAGCUAUAGUAUUUCCAAUAUUAUACGUCUAUCAAAUUAUGCUCUUUCAUAUUGACAGAUACAUACAUAUGUAUAUGUAUACAUUAUAAAGCGAUAUUUUCAGUACAAAGCCAUACAGGUCUUGGAAUGUUAUCAUCAGAAUUUUAUAUCCCGAACAGGGUAUAUUUCAUUUGUCAUGAUGUUUGUAACACACAGAAGGAAACGUCGGAUACCCUAUAAUAUAUAUACAUAUAUAAAUGAUCAUGCCCAUCUGUCUGUAUAUAUGCGAAAUGGUCCCUCAAUUUUUGAGAUUUCGAUCUGAAUUUUUGCACACGUCCUUUUCUCUUCAAGAAGCGGCUGAUUUGUCGGAACCGACAACAUCAGACUACUAUAGCAUACAACUGCCAUACGAACUAAACGAUCGGAAUCAAGUGCUUGUAUGGAAAACCUUUUCAUUUGACGAGAUAUCUUCAAAACAUUUGCCACGCAUUGUUGUUUGGCAAUGGCGCAAUCUCCGAAGAAAAAGUUCAGAUCGGAAUCUUUUGUAUUUAUGAAGAGGAAGGCAAAGUUUUGUUGCGAUAUUUUCGUUGGUAGUUUUUUUGUAAACUGCAAAGAGAAACAAUCAUAUGGAAUUUAAAAUUGUGCUACAUGGCCAUGUGAUAAGAUUGGUUGGAGUUAGUGCAGUAAUUCUUGUUUUAGAGGAUUUCACCUAAAAGUUGCGAUCCAUGACCAUUACCGAAGUUUAACUACCAUACCGUACCAUCAUGGCUUUAAAAUUUAAUGCUUUUGACGUUAGUUAAUUAAUUAUCGCACUUUUAAUAAUUUUCAACAUAACCGUUAUUUGGUGAGUUGUCAUUGUUAUUACCCGAUUUCACAACAUGUAACACUGUGUGAAUUGGUGGUAGAAAUAUAUAUAUGUACAUAUGUAGUAUUCUUAGCAAAUUUGGGUAGCGAAAUUCGUUUGUGAGAUAAGUAUAUCAAACAUAUUAGACGGCGAAGCAAUGCCCUUUUACUAAAGAUUUUCACAUCAAAUAUGCCCCUUUCAAUUUUGAAUCCUUGGACCAAAUUAGAUUUUUGUAUUUGAAAGUUUGGUUUUAGCCUUUUCCAAUUUUUUGUGUAACGGCAUUUUGCGAGCGUGACUGUGGUCUAAUACCAUCCAUCUGCAGCAUCAAGUCUCAGCAGAGAGUCGCCGGAUUAAAAACUUGCUCAUAAACCUGAUCAUUUAUAUAUACAUUAGGGUGUUUUUUUUAACUAUUAAUUUUUUUCAGUCCAGUCACGAAAUUUCCUUCGAAAUACUCUAGAAAAAAUUCCCUGAAAACUUUAGCUCUUAAUAUUAACAUUAAGAACUGGACCAAGGCUUGUAAAAAUUUUCCAUAGAAAAUACACUGCAAUCGUAUUUUUUUAUCUUUAAAUUCCUACAGAUCAGAGGUAUUUUAUGGCAUCGCUUUGACUUUAGACGCAUAUUUCUCAGAAUUGUUCACUCUACAAAAGUGCCCAGUGCAACAAAGUCGUAACUCACACCGGCGAGGUAGUACGGGGCUCUAAACUUGACUUUUCCAUGAAAUUCGCAAUUUUUUGUAUAUAUCUCGUAAAUGACAAGAGCUAUAGAAAAAAUAUAUUUGACAAAUUUGUAAGAAGAUUUAUUUGCUAUAAAAAAGUUCCGAGGUCAAAAUCUCUAACAUUAAUACUUCUCGAGAUAUUCGGCUUUUUAUGUAAGGCUUUAUAGAAUUUUCAUAGAUGGCAUGUAAUAUAAAAUCUAUGAAAAUCCCAUACAACCUUACUUAAAAAACCGAAUAUCUCGAGAAGUAUUAACUUUUUACUACCACACUCUCACUUUUUGAACUUGAACCCUAUCUUGAUGGCAAUUUUUCCGAAAAAAAUCAUGUGUCAAUUUGAUAAACAAGCAAAAACAAUUGAUCACGUUGGUUUGGAGACAAAAGCAAUGUAGUACUAGGGAGUACGAAUAUCGGUGGACAGAUAUCAAAAUAAAAGCAAUCAAUUUCCGCAUAAAUGAAAAUGUCUGUCUCUUCAAAUAAGGUUGCAUAUAAAUAUACUAUAUGCUCAUGCAUGGACUGACGAUAAACUGAAAUGGCUGGUCGCUAAAACAUAGGCAAAUGCAUAUGUAUGUAUGUAUAUAUGUACUACAUACCUAUGUCUAUGAGGAUUUUUAUAUACUAAAAGCAUUUAGUACAUUCUUUAAGAUUGGAUUUCACCAAUUUUCACCAAACAGUAUGUAAGAAAAUAUGUUCAGAUUCACUAUAUUUUCGGUAUAAAGUCAGACAUACUAUAUAUGUAUACAUUGAGGGUUUCAUGCUCAGUAUCUGUAUGCUUGAAAAGGCAUAGUCUGGUUGUAACAUUUUUUGAUGGAAAUUGCUAAACAUUGAAGACAUUAUUUGUGUGAGAUUUGAUUCUGAUAUCUUUAUUGAUCCUAGACUUACCGAUUGCUGUUGAUAUCAAGAUAACCUUAUGUCAGCCAAUUAUGUUAGUCACCUAAUUAGGCGCUUACUUGCUCUUGCUAAGGUAUAAGAUUUCUUCCAGAUUAAUUUUUUCUAACGGAUAAAUAUGUAAUAUGUUAUACAGCACAAAUUUCGUACCGAUGAUAGCACAUUUCUCACAUCUCUUCCUUUGGCUUAUGAGCGCGUGAUCAUUUGCAAACUCAUCUUGACCAAUAAAAAUUUAAAGUUAUUUACGUAUAGUCGGUUGAUUGUUAGAAGUUAGGAAACUGGAUAUUGUCAUUCCGUAUUGCGGUAAAUAUAAAUUAAUUAAGUGGUCCAAUUUCAUAUAAUUUGGUUGUAAAAAUUACAAAUACAUACGUAUACACAUGUAGUUAAACGGUAGAUAAAAACCGAAGAAAAAUCGAAUAUUACAAAAGGUUAAAGGCAUAUACAUAUGUUUACUAGAAUUAUAUAUUAAAUAUCAAUAAUUGUAAGGAUAUGCAAUGGAGUAUAUACUGUUCACAAACAAAAACACUAUUAUACAAUGAAAGAAAUGUGUGAGUUUACCAACAUAUGGCGGAAUUUAUAAAUAAGUACUAAAGUAACAAUAAAAUAAGCUGAUAAGAAGCAAAUAAAGUAUCGAAUAUUUGUAUUAAAAAUUAA